AUGAAGAUUCUCACUGAAGACGAUGUGGAAGCUCGAAUAGUGAAGCUUAAAUCUGCAGAACCAGAUAAGAAAGUAGAUAUCAUUCAAGCCUUUGGGUUGGAUUUUGAGGAUGUGACGGAGAUACCAGACCCAACCAUUGAUCCACUCAUCUUACUGCUCCCGCCAUUGAUACGAUCUUCCCAUCCGUUACUUCAAAUAUCGACUCUUACCUCCUUCUUACCAUUCUUUAUACCUCUCAUACCGGAUGCGCCUACCUCCAUAUCGCAUCUACGUCUAGUCCUCUUGCAGAUGCUACCUGCGUUAUUGGAGAAACUGAACGAUCCUAAAGAACGUAUACAUUCCGCAUCAAGCAAUGUAAUCUUCUUGAUUGGCAGAAAAUGCUUUAUUGUAGAUCCACCUCAUCCCCCCUCACUUGGUAGUUCCGGAGCAGGAGCUGGGACCAAAGGAAAAGAAAAAGAGAAAGAGAGUUUAUCGCAGACUUUCGAAAGGAUGUUGAAAGAUACGUUGAAUUCCAAAAUGUGGAGACCAAAAGUUGAAUCACUCAAGAUACUGUCUAGACUCAGAUUGGAAUUAGGUCCGAAAUUGGGACUGAAAGGCUGGUUGGGCAUCUUGGUAGAUCUCUUAGAGGAUAGUGACGGUAAUGUGAGAGAACAAGCUAAAGAGACGGUUGUAACUUUAUUAUCACCUUCUUCAACGCCUCCAGCGGCAAGAUCGGAAUUGAAAAAGUUACUAUUAGCUAGAAAUGUCAGAAAGACAAUAUCCAACGAUAUCAUCGCUAGGGUUCUGGGUGGUGGUACUGGGGUAGAAUCGGGCAGAUCGACACCUGCUAAUCUCCUAUCGGCGGGGAUCAAUACUCCGAAAGAUGAAGCUCCAAUGAAUGGGAGAUCAGGCGCAGCUACUCCUGCUCUGUCCCGAGGUGGAGCAGGCGAUGAUAUCCAAGUUGUCUUUAUCGCCUCACCUCAUGAUCUAUCGAACGAACUGGCUGCAAUGUUGCCCCAUUUCGAAGGGAAAGAGACAGAACAGAAUUGGGCUCCGAGAGAAAAAGCUGUAGUGCGGAUAAGAGGGAUGUUAAGAGGUGGUGUAUGGCCAAAGUACAGUGAAGCUUUCAUACAGGGACUGAAAGGCGGGAUACUAGAAGGUGUAUCGAGGACGAUCGUCAGUCUUCGUACGACUGUGGCCCAACAAUCGUGUUAUCUCAUGAAAGAGCUUGCAGAAACCCUUGGACCAAGUUUUGAUCAAUUUGUAGAACAUCUCUUACCGAUCCUUGCAAAAAUGGCAGGAUUUACAAAGAAGAUUAUAGCCGAGCGAUCUCAAGCCUGUGUGACUGCUAUCAUCAUACAUACCCACGUCCAUUCUCGAACCUUUAUCAGUCACAUCGCAGCGGGAGUAUCGGAUAAAAACAUACAGACUCGACACUUUUCUACUGGACAUCUCAAGACUUUCAUCGAUAUACACGGAGCCAAAUCGAAACAUGCUAUCGAGACCACCCCUGGAAUGUUGGAUCAACUCGAAGGAGCGGUCAAGAAGUCUUUGCUUGACGUGAAUCCGGCGGUCAGAGAUCUAGCUAGGCAGGCGUUCUGGAGCUAUCAUUCCGUUUGGCGAUCACGAGCCGAAGCGAUUCUGAAUUCAUUGGAUGGUAUGGCGAGGAAGCAGUUGGCAAAGGCGAACCCACACGAAUCGAAUGGUAUAGUCGCUCCUGCCAAAGCCGCUCCGCCCGCCAAGCGAGCGUCGAGCACGAUGUCUGCUUUAUUAGCUGAGAAACGAAAAGCCAAGGCAGCCGAAUUAGCAGCUGGGAAGAUGGCUCAAGAAUCGCCCAGAAUCGUUUCCGGCCCUGUACCUGGUUCUCCGAGCUUGCAGCAAGGUAUGCCAAGAUCGAACUCGUCGGCUUCGUUAUCUGCGAAGGCAAGCAGAGCUAGUGAUGAAUUAGAAAGAGGUAUAAAAUCACCUGAAACGCCCCCACAUACCAUCCCUCUGCCUUCUUCUCCCACACCUUCGCAUAGAGGUGCUCCUCGACCAAGCAUAAAAGCCACUUUGGGAUCGCCUAAAGAUCUGUCGUCCCAAACGAGAGAUAGAACAAGUAGUCUUGGCAGAAGUCCACCUUCGAGGGGGUCACCAAGUCGUGAUUCACCUCUAAGACAAUCGUCAACUUAUCCCUUGUCUGCUUCUGGCGUGAGAUCACCGGGAUCUAGUACUGCGUCAAGUAGCGCGGUGAAUAAUCUGCGAACGCCUCAGAGUAAUCGAAGACCUUUACCGUCAUUCUCGACUGAGACGGGUCUUGGGUUAGGUGUACAUACCCCAAGCGGUAUGGGCAGGUCAUCGAUAUCUCACGAAGCUGAAGUUGAGGGUGAUGAAGAUUGGCAGAGCGGUACGGAUACUCCAACGAGGGUUUUACCUCCCGGAUCGGGUAUUGUCGAAGAUGCGAGAAGGGCUCAAGCUGCUCAAGCUGAAUCUGCCGCUCAACAAUUGAUGGAAUAUGUGGAGGAUGAACAGGAAGUUAUACCCUCGACAUCCACGCUGAACCGUCUUCAUGAUAACCCCAGUACGACUAUACCUGCAACUCCUACUAGACCUGCAAAUGGAAAUGGGAAUGCGUACAAGACACCUCUGAACGUAAGCAAAGCAUGGGAAGAUUCACCUAGACCUGAAGCUGUUACUCCCCUGAUGAUGGAAAGGUUGAAAGAGAGGAAACAUGAGAGAAGUUGGUGGGUUAGAAGGCAAGAAUUGAUGGAUAAAGCUUCUCCUUUGAAAUCAACUACACCUGCGACUUCAUCAGCUAUCACAGAGGAUAUCCAGGGUCUAUUGUCUGGUCAACCGACUCUUAGGAAUUUACAGAAGUUAGCAUUGUUCUCUACUUCUCAUCCAGUGCAUGAUACAGAAGAUGUGGAGGAAGAGAAAAAAGUUUGGAUCGAUGAUAGAAUAUUUGAGAAUAUACUCCAAGGUUUACUAGAAUUUUUGAAACCAAACGAAAAUAAGGGAUUGUUGGAACAGGGUUUGGUGGUUCUCUGGGAGAUGGUACAACAUCAAUGGAUAUUGUUCGAUGGACAUGAACAAGAAUUGUUGGAGACUUUGUUCAGACUUAGAGCAAGUCAUGAUGCUAUUAUAUUGGAAUCUACCAAUGCAUUGAUAUCGUUGUUGACUCAAAUAUCCGAUCCUAUGUAUUUCCUUACCCUAUUGCGAUCCUCAUUAUCCCGAUUCUUAUCUGAACAUCCAUCCACUUCGGACCAAGAUACCGCAAAUGGCGACGGGGUUUCUCGACUUUCGCUAAAUGGGACCCAACAAGAGACGGAUAAGAUGAGAAACUGUGGCUGGUUAUUCGGUUUAACAAGUUUAGGAAUGUGUGUGAUUAGAUUGCCUGAGGCUGUCGUUGAGGUGGAAGGUCCCAAAUUGGGUCAAAUCAUAAUGGAGUCAAUGUCAUCACCUUCCUCUAUAAUUCGUCAGGCAUCUCAAACUCUCUUGUUAUCCAUUCAAACCAUCUUGAAAGAUUCCAACAAAACUUUAUCGCUUGUGCCCCAUUUGAAUAAAGGUCAGAAGGAUUUAGCGAUUUAUUAUAUGGCUCAGAAUGGGAUAUUGGAAAAUACACAUACGAUCGAACAAGCCACUGAAGGAGAAGCGGAUGGAGACGAGGGCAAGGAAAAGAUGUUGAAGGAGAUGCAUGGUUUGAUGGGUAGAGGAAUAUCGAGGGAAUAG